UAGUAUAGUUUUUUUAACACGUUAUUUUAUCACAAGCGAAAACGGAUAAAUACGGAAGGAAAAUGAUGUAGGCUGACGGGGGUGGAACAGAGAAACGAAAGGCUAAAUGUUUUGAAUAUUUAUGCAUGUAAAGAAAUCUUUUCUCUUAUGAAUUGUCAUCCACGUUUAGAGAAAAUUAAACUAAAGCCAUUUCGAAAAAUCAGUUUGGUAAUGGCGGUGAAAAACUCUCGUUAUAUCCAGUUGCAGUAUCUGGCGGACUUAUAAUUGGGGAAGUAAUGAAAUUCCAAGUCUCCGAAUUUGUCAUUGACUCGGGUUUCACAGUGACAUAAGACUGACGUUUAUUCAUGUGAUACGUUUUGAUUACUUUUGUUUUUGAACGUGAAGCAAAAAAAAAAAGCAACAUGUAUUGUACACAACCUUGAUCGUCGCUUUACUCACUGUAGUUCAGUGUCACACACAGCUAAGAGCCAGGCGCAAGCAUAGAUUUAGAGCACUGCUUCCCUAUUCGCCAGUGCGCCCGAGUGUUGCAUUGACUUCUGGUGCCUUAACGCGCUGGUAGCGGUGUGCGCCUAACUGCGCUGUCACAGCAGGACUUCUUGUGAAGAUCUUAACGGGUUUACAGUACGAAUGCAAACCAGUGGGCAAUGUACUACCGCCUGUGGUUUCGAUGACCAGGAAUCCCCAUGUUUUAGCUGGGGAGCCCUGUGCUCAGAUAUUCGAGGAGCCCAAACAGAGGGGGAUGCGAUUUAGAUAUAAGUGCGAAGGACGAUCAGCAGGCAGCAUUCCUGGCGAACGCAGCACCGACAACAACAGAUCCUAUCCCAGCAUACAGAUUCUCAAUUACUGCGGAAAAGGCAAAGUCCGAGUUUCGUUAGUGACAAAAAACGAGCCCUACAGGCCUCAUCCACAUGACCUGGUUGGAAAAGAUUGCAAAGAUGGAUACUAUGAAGCAGAGUUUGGUCCAGAGCGAAGAGUUAUAGCAUUCCAGAAUCUGGGUAUCCAGUGUGUACGGAGGAGAGAAGUUAAGGAAGCCAUCAUGCUGCGAAUGACAAGAGGCAUCAAUCCUUUUCAAGUUCCGAGGGAUCAGCUACUACAUACAGAGGAAUAUGACCUGAACGUGGUGAGGCUCUGCUUCCAGGUCUUCCUACAAGAUGAAUGUGGCCAUUACACCAGGGCAUUACCGCCCAUUGUCUCCAACCCCAUCUAUGACAACAGGGCUCCCAAUACAGCCGAACUGCGGAUCUGCCGCGUUAACAAGAAUAAUGGCAGUGUGAAGGGAGGAGAUGAGAUAUUCCUGCUUUGUGAUAAAGUUCAAAAAGAUGACAUUGAAGUUCGCUUUUUCACACAAGGCUGGGAGGCAAAGGGGUCCUUUUCCCAGGCGGAUGUCCACAGACAAGUUGCAAUUGUCUUCAAAACGCCUCCUUUUUACAACACCAACAUCACGGCUCCAGUGUCUGUGAUGAUGCAGCUUCGUAGACCCUCAGACCAGGAGGUCAGCGAGCCCAUGGAAUUCAGAUACCUUCCCGAUGACAAAGAUCCCUAUGGCUGUCAAGAGAAAAAGAGGAGGAGAGAGGAUUUGAUGAAGGCUUUCCCAAGUUUUCCUGUUAUGAGCCACAUGGAGAGACCCAAACUCAUUCCAAGAAAUAUGCCUCAAGUAAUUAAGAAAGAACCCAACAAUAUUUUUAUGAAUAUAAACUCAACCAAUUUAAUUCAAAUGCCUCAAAACCAGCUACAUAAUACAGUAUACCAACCUGCUGCCUCUGCAUCGAUAAUGGCACCACACACGGUUACAUCCAUGAGCAACAACUGGCCACAGCCUACCCCUCCCAUCUCCCUGGAUACGAUUAGGAUCAACCCAUCCAACAGCAGCGGCAUGCUGUCUUCCGUUCAAAACAGCACGACGUUCUCCACCUCUGGAGACAACAGCAGCCUUCCCCUCCUGACUUCCCGGGACCUGGAGUGUUUGGAGCCUCAGACACAGAAUAGCCAAGCGCACCUUUGCAUGAUCAGGAAGGACACCAACUCUGACAGCUCCUCAACCAUGCCCAUUCCACCCACUAGUCAGCCCCCCUGGGGCUUCAGCGUCCAGUCUUCAGAGAUCCUAAACGGGAGCUCUACCUCGCAUGCUCCUGUUGCUGAUAACAUGGAGACCGAGGACAUACUUGUCAGCGUCAGCUCGUCAUCGAUGUUCUCACUGAAGCAAGAACCACAAGCUGGCCAAGGAAACACCUCUGCGCUGGGAUUGCUGGCUUCCGAUUCGCAUUUGCCUUAUAGCAACACAGGUACCAGGCCACUCAACAAUGGAGGGAAUUUUGAGGGUUCGAGGCAGCCCGGCAGUGACAUGCACAACAGCAAUCUGAGCUGCUUACCAAGUCACCAGCAGUUCGGAUCAGACAUUGCCACCACUGAUGAGCGCUUUGAUGCAUUUCCAGAGUGGUCUUUUUUUCCACAGUGAUGCAAAGCAGGAUAAAGUAAAUUCACUGAUAUCUACUGACAACAGUCUAAAAUGAAAUGAAAUCAAAAUAAAUCUUAGCAUAUUUUUACUGAUGGAUCUUGGAAUUGAAUGUAUCAUAUAACCUUUCCGUCAGACUGGCAUGGUUAACAGUAAGAAGAGGAAGGUUUUAUACCUGAGACGUGUCAGGGCAUACACUUUUUUCUCAAUCAUAAAAUUCUGGAACACUUUUUAACUUUUUUUAAUUGUUAUAGUGAUUUAAUGCUUCAUAGAACACAUUUUUAAAGCCAUAUUAACAGCUUCUUUGUACAGAGAAGUUGAGAAAGUUCUCUUAAUUUAGUAAUAGAGUGGGUACUUUUUUAACCUUGUAAACCUAAUAUUUUAUGUUAUUGUCAAUGAGACAAUUUUUUAAAUGUGUAUCUGUUCCUAAAAAGGAAGUUAAAGAGGAUUUAUUCCUUAGGUAAUGGCUAUGUCAUAUUUAAACCAUAAAUUAUCCGAAGUUCUCAGAGCUGAAAGCAUUGUAGACAAAUUUAUUAACAAAGCUUCAGUUUCACUCUUGAUAUGCACACUUUCCUUGAAUGAUCAAAUUAUUCAGUUUGUUUUUCAAUGUGCUAUUCAAUACAGGGCUGUACACUUCAAAGUGCUAAUGUUUCAAUUUAACAUUUUCUUGUCAAAUUCUUUAAUGCUUAGCAAUAAAAAAAAUAUUCAAGCAUCAUUUCACACUGUAAGCAGUUAGUAUGAAACUUUUUUUAUAAUUAUUUGAGAAUUCAACGCUGGGACUAUUUUUUGUAGGAAUUUUAUUUCAUUUUAUUUAUACAGUGUUAUGUGCUUGCUUUUUAAGUUUAAGUAUUAAUUGUAGAUCCAGUUACCUCUUUAUUCAAAACAUUGUAUUGCAUCAGAACUGUACUUCCUGAGUCACUGAUGUCUUCCAUUCUUUAUAAAUUAUUUUAAUAUAGAUUAAUCAUUACACAUUAAACAAUGGUUUAUUAAUACUUUGUAAUUUUUCCAUAUCGUUUUACUGCUAUUCAGAGUUACUGACUAGACUUUAGUGUCUCUUGUUUUCUAUGACCUCAGUUAUGAAGACAUAAUAAAAAAACACCCAGAAAAUGACAGAGGGAAGUUCUCUAUAAUAAUGAAAGAAAACAAUCUGGGAAACAUUUCAAUAUGUCUUCCAUGCAACAAUAUUCAGCACUUUCAGUUCUACAAAAGUUAUCAAUGAAAUAAAACAUCCAUGUAUUAAUAUUCAAAAGCCAGGACUAAUAGUCAUUGAGUUCAACAACAAUAAUGGUGUACAUGCAGAAUAGUUUGAAUAUUCUUGAUCUACAGGCUUUAUUUUCCCACAUUCAAAAAUCUCCAUUUAAAGCCUCUUGUCAGGAGCAUAACGGCUAUGCUUGCUUUAAAAACCGAGGCGAUCUCCUAUGCGUUUUUUAAAUUUGUUUGCCUGCAGUUGUAUUAUACAGUUCCAGACUGAGAUUCCCUGUUGCUGUUCCUACAAAAAUCAUGUGAAUAAAUAUAAUUCAUUGUCA